AUCAAUUACCAUAUGUUGGGUAUUUCCUAUCAAUGAGCAGAGAAAUAAUAUGACAGCAGACCAAAACAAAGCAAUCCUCCAUUAAAAGAUGGAUGUGACUUAUAAGUGCUUUUGGCUUUCCUUUUUCCUUUGAGGACUUUUCUUUCUGUCUUCUCCUUCUCCUCCAUUGACCCUUCCCCUUCACUCCCAAAACUGUUACAGCAAUGGGGCUGGGAUCUGAUGAGGCAGAGCCACCACAACUGCCCUUAUUUUCUGCCCCACCAUUUCACUCCCAUGAGCCUUCAGGCACCCUAACUCCACCACUCCACACCUCAGUCUCAGUCCCAUUCCGUUGGGAAGAGCAGCCCGGGAAGCCAAGGCCCUGCACUGCCCUGGCCACCAUUCCAAACCCAACUGACUUUUCCCGAAAGUGCUUAGAGCUCCCUCCAAGGCUUCUUCUGGAAGCCAAACUGCUGUCUCCCACAACAGUGUUGGAGGGUCCUUAUGUGGGCAGGUCAAAGCUUCAGUCUUCCUCAUUCAGGAUGGAGUGUUAUGGCGGUUUUAGCCCUGAGAGAGGAGGGGAGCUUGGUGCUCUGGUUCUGAGAAGGAAAGGGAAGGAGAGAGGGUGGUUUGACUCAUGGGGGAGGAGGGUGUUGAAGGGAAAAAGAGAGGUUAGUGGGGCUUGUUAUGUCUUUCCAUCUUCUGUGGAUGGAGAGAGUGACGGUGGGGGCAGUGUGGGAGGAGAGAGUGGGAGGUUGAAGAUGAAGAAGAAGACGACAGGGAUUACAAGGGUUGGGAGCUUUUCUAGUCUCUCUCAUGCCAAGCCUCAUUUCUGGGCAACAAUUAAACAGAGCUUGAAGCAGGCAGUUCCAUGGAAGAGCAGAAAAUUCAAGAAAGAUGGGUAGAGUGUAUCAAAAUCAAUUACCUGUCAAAUGCUCUAGUCCUGUAAUAUUGUACGUUCUCUGUACUCUACCUAAGACUUAACAAACACAGCGUCGCCCACGGGGGCGAAAACAGGGAUGGUCCUGAAUUGUGGGGGACUUUGUUACGGGUUAGGGUUGAGGGUUUAGGGUUAGCCCCCGUAAGGACAUGUAAAAUGAAAAAAGGCUGUAAGUGUGUUUGUGUAAAAUUUAGCCCUUAUUUUACUGUUUUGCAUUCAUCUCCGGUAGCUUUGACAACGGUAAAGUUGCUGAAAGUUCUCUUGUUGGAGAGGUUUCUGUAAAUGUUGUUUUCGUAACUGUGUUUUGGUUUAAGUAAUGUUUUGAUCUCA